AUGUCCCGAGUCGAAAUUAUAUUAACCGAAGAGUUGACGGGUCAAUCCCGAGGAAAUGAACGAGAAUUUCGCAGAAGCAGUAUUAAAUCCCUUGAUCACUUUAUCCGGUAUUCAUCCACCACAAACGCCAGACGAAUUUCGAAUGAGGAGAUUUUACAUCGAUUACCGCCAACACCAGACAAUGUUGGCCGGAUCAUGCAUUCUGAUGCGACAACGUUUUGGUCACAAAUGCAACAAGUGGGCCUGCUCGAUGACAUUGUUGACACGAUGUUGGCCGAGGUGGACACAGUGAGGAAUGAGACGCGAGUCCACAAUAUUACUCCAAGAGUUUGUGGCACUCUGUCAAGGCUGUGUUCUGCUCUCGAUCUAACAGCAAAUGUGGCAGCAAGACUCCGAUCGAGACAUACACCGAUAAAUGCUAAUGUAUUACCGCCACCAGAAAUCACGCAUAUUGGUGAGCGGAAACGAAGUCUUGAUGAAGGGCUCAUGGUGAGGCCGUUGGCUAAUCAAAUGAUACCUGAACUGAAACGACCAAGAACACACUAUCCACCCGUCAUUCAAUCACCAUUGAUUGAGGCUUUGCUGAAGGUUCAAACCACCUAUCAACUCCACCAAACCCCCUUCGCCAAUAUGGACCUUUGC